GACAUCUGAGAGUUGCAGGACACCGGCCCUCCAGGACCAGGAGUGUCCACCUCUGAUCUAGAAGAACCGGAAGACACAGUAAACUGAGAGUUUUUCUUUUAUUAAAACUUACCUUUUUUUAUUUUUAUUUUUUUUAAGCUUACCAGUGUUACUUUACUUACAUGUGAAAAUGACAGCCUCCUGUUUCCUCUUGAGGAAAUGCCAUUGAAUGUAUAGGUUUUUUACCAUGUGGGGGCAGCAAACUCCACACUUUGAUUAAAGAUACUCUACUAGUAAAGUAACAAAGGACUUCUUUCUCCUUAUCCGUGGCGGGAGACUCACUUCCUUGAAAGGUCCAUGCGACAACAUUAUAGCUUUUAGGCUUUAACCCAUUUUUGCACCAUAUAAAUCGUGUGACAAUAGAAGUUCAGCUGACUGCUUCUGGCUCGUAAGUUGUUGUUGACCUGCUAACCUGUUACUACUUGCUUUCUUUGAGAAACUCUGCUUCAAAGGACAUAAGACAAAGCAACAACAUUACGAUAUUCAGGGUUCAGACGGUUGAAGUUUCAUAUACCAGCGUGUGUAAUUAUCGCAGUAAUGUCCGCCAAGGAGACCCUGAAGCGUAAUAAAACAAAACUCAUCGAUGUUUUAUGUGGAGAUUACCAAUUUAUCCUCAACAAAGUUCAGGAGAAGAAGCUGAUAACUUCGAGGGAAUACAACAAUCUCGAGGGCAUCAACAAAGAGUCUGUGGAGUACCACGUUACAAAGCUUGUGGACAAGGUCAUGAAUAAAGGAGAAAAAACUUGCCAAAACUUUCUGGAGCUUCUGCAAACCGACGACAUUGCUGAAACCUAUCCUGACCUGGAGAACAUGAAGCUACAUGACGAUUUACUCAAGCCGGUCCAAGCUACCUCACCUCACAGUGCAGACAUGGUGCCUGAGACUGAAAGGAUGAAAAAGGAUGAGGUUUAUGAACUCAAAAGCGAGCCUGUUGGUCUCUGCCUGAUCAUAAACAAUGAGAAUUUCCACAGCCUCAAACAGAGAAGGGGGACAGACAAAGAUGCCGAGAGUCUAGCAAAGGUGUUCAGCUGGCUGGGCUUCAAGGUGCUGAUGUGUAAAGACCAAACCAGGGACAAGAUGGAACAGAUACUGAAGGUAGUUGCCUCUCUUCAUGAUAAGGAGAACCAACUCCAGCUACUGGAGUUGGAUGUUCAGGAAUGGCGUGUCGGCUGCCUCUCUGCUCCCCAGCAGCCGGUUGGGCACGGCGACGCCUUCGUCUGCUGCAUUCUGAGCCACGGGUCAUUAGGAAAAGUUUAUGGGGUCGACUCACAGCCUCUUGCCAUUAAAGAAAUUAAAAGACAUUUUGUGGCCACUAAGCUGCCAGCCCUCACUGGGAAACCCAAAGUGUUCCUGAUUCAGGCCUGCCAACACGAGAAGGAUGUACAACAAGGGGUGUUGCCGAAAGAUGUGGAGGAGGAUAGUGCACCGUCCAUUCCUGAGGAAUCAGAUUUUCUCGUCGCCAUUUCCACUGUUGAAGACUACGUAUCUUUUAGACACCCAAUAGAUGGAAGCUGGUUUAUCCAGUCGGUGUGUGAGCAGCUGAAGCUGCACUGCCCUAGUGGUGAAGACUUUACUUCCAUCCUGCAUCGAGUAAACCACAUGGUGGGCCAGCAGGAGGGCUCCGUCUGUGUUGGCCUGAAAAAACAGGUUCCUGAAGUGAAAUUCACUCUGAGGAAGAAACUCGUUCUGUCGCCACAUUGCACUUGAAGUCCGACAGCGCCUGCAGAAGAGUGUGGCUUUAAGAACAUUCUUUAUCUAAAUGCAUGUAUAGUGAUGUAUUUUUCACUAUACGUCUAAAAAAAUUAUAUGUGUGUAAUUUUCUUAGGAUACUGGAUUUUCCAAUCUAAUUUUAAGUCUCAACUUUUGUUUUCCUCUACCAAAUUUAAAAGAGUCAAAGUCAAAAGUGUGGCCAGUGAUGGUGGAUGUCUGUUUUUAUUUUUUUCUGCUGUCUCCUUUAUUAAAUACAUAUAAAUACACAUGCCAAAUAUACAACUGAUCUAAAUAUCAAAUUCUGGCACACAGCUAAAUUUUCAAUUUUAACAUAUUCAUCAUGUUGUGAAUAUGUAUUAUAAGCCUACAUGUAUAGAUUUAAGUUGCAUAACAUGAAAUCCCAAUAAUAAACCCAAUGUUGCUCAAGUGCCUAAAUAUAAUUUGCAAACAAUAACAGAAAUAACAUAACUUUUAUUACCGUCUUCAAAUUUAGAAGAAACGUAACCAAUUUAGAAAAGCUUUUGAUUUUCAUUAAUUUUAUUAAUUUACAAAUAUUUGGCUGUAGGAAGGCUCACCUGCGGAGGUGCAAACCAGACU